AGGCGCUGUAAACGCAGCCACCUCUGGCCCAUCCCAGGCUGCAUUGCCUCGUGUCAUGCAGUGCUGUUGUUGGUUAUUAAAGGCAUCUACGCCCUCAUGUUGGCAGCCUACUAGACUAUCUUCUUCCAGCUGAGCCUCAAGGCUUAUUCCAUCAGAGCUCAAGAGAGAUGUGCCUGCCUUAGCUGUGUGCUGAUGCUGUCAGUCAGAUGGGGUGAUAUGGAGUAACAGGCCACUCUUGUGCCUGAUUUAAGGGUCCCAAUAGAUCCUAGUUCAGAAGAGUGAUGUGUGUGGCUGCCACUGGGCAACGCGAUUGAAACCGCUCCCUGAGGACAGUGAGAAGAGUGCUGUUUGCGAGUUGCCCACAGUUGGAGCCGUGACAAUGAUACACCAAGAACUUGUAAUGAAUCUUAUGAGUCAUUCCAUUGCUGUUUGACAUCUCUGUUUCCUUUAACCUAGGGCUCAGAGGGAGCCCAGAAACUCCUUCCUUCUUCACUUUCAUGAGGAACACACCUCUGUGUGGUCUGGGCAGGCAAGGCACUUGUUGUAGAGAAGAACCUUGAUUUGGAACACCACACAGAAAUCCAUCCUGGAGAACCAGCAUUAGCAGAGAGCGAACAGCCAUUCUGUUGUCAUCUUCCAAGAAGUAACUGCAAAGUUGUGUCAUAAAUACUUGCGUCUCUGAUCGUCACUGCAGAACGCGCUGUGUGACAGACGGCCUUGCUUAGAGGUCUGUAUCUUAGAGAUUGCACUGAGUCAUAUGGUUGAUUAUCUAAAUGUAAAUAAUAAUUGAGACAUGUUAAAAUUUGAAUUUCAUUAGGUGGAGGCUUUUAGACUUGAGCAAAUGAAUUAUUUUUUUCAUAAAACACUGUAACGUGCUUACUAGCUUUGACAAAGAGUUUUUUCCCGUGAUACAGAGAUAGCAGAUAAUAAUAAGCAGACAAGGUUAUGCAACAAGGGGAUAUUUUAAUCAUCUUUGUUUUGGAAAAGACAGGCCAGAGUGAGGUACCUCUUAGGAACAAUCUACUUCACUGAUACUUUUCUUCAACAGAUUGACAGCAUCUCAGAAAAGAAAAUAACUGUUUGCUAUUCCUAUUGUAGACUUCUUUCAAUCACUGCGACAGAUGUUCCAAGCAUGUUGUUCCUCAGUUAGGUUUCUUUAGUAGUAAAAAUACUGCGGUCUAAAUAUAGUUUAAAUUGGUUGAGGUACCUUGUUUGAAUAUGAUUCAAAAUUGCAUUAUACCUAGUUUAAAUCACAGUGUAACAGGACAAAAACACUGGAAAGACUAGUUAAGAUUGUUUCAAACUCAGGUAGGACUUUUUAUUCAAUCAUAUUUAAAGUGGUUCCAAAGUGCUAUGUUUUUCUAGCAUAUCUUGCAAUCUGACUUAGGAUAAACACUAGAUAGCAUAGUGAACUCCCCUCCCCCUGUUCAUUAUUUGGAAUUACCUUGGCUAAAAAUGGGAAAAGUACUUAAAUAAUUCUCUUUUCCUGUAUCUGCCAUGAUGUCUUGUAACAGCUGUAUAUUGGGAAUACUCAGAUUUUAUUAUCCUUUUUCUUUUUCAAUAAAACGAAGUUUAGCAUUCAGGAACAGUUCAAAUGGCUGGAUUAAGAGGGAAAACCAAUACACAUGUACAAUGUACCCAUUAUUCCUUUGGAGAAUUGGGAGUUGAGAAGGCUAUGGCCCUUAUGACCCCCCUUUCCUCUGCCAGGGAGUUCCAGUUCAAAGCUGUUCUGUCAUCUCUCCUGCUGACUUGCUUCUGGAGGCCACUCGGAGACCUAACAGGAUAGUGCAGGCUGAGUUCUGCUGAAUGUGUUGGUGUUAAAUAGCUCCUCCUUUUUACUCUCCCCCUCAUUUUUUAUCUAGAUGACUGGUUGUUGCUCAUGAGACCCACUUUUGGAGACCACUGGGUUGGGAGCACAGCUGCCUGCCUGGAAUUGGGUCACGGUGGUGUGACAGUAACUGCACUGGCGUGCGUCCCUUACAAGUGCGAUUCCAGUCAGUGACGUUGAUCAGGGGGAACGAACGCUCUUGUUUGGAUACCGGCUAGCUAAAGCUUUCUGCUCCCUCUUUUUGACAUCUGGCAUGAGGACAUGUAUACAGAUGAAGUUGCUAAAUUGUGGUGUCUGGGACAAGGUGCUCUUUCGGUUCCAAAAAUGAAGAGUAAAGCAACAAAGUUCAAGGUUUAUUUCGUCACUUGGACUUUCACUCCAGUGGAAGAGAUUGGGAUUUCAGCUUUAGAAAAUGGAGAUCUUCAGUUUGUUAUCUAUUUUUUUUCAUUACUAGUUAACUUCUUAAUAGACUGUUAAAAUAAUCCUCCAAGGAGGAAGUAAAAGUGGGGAGAUGCAGGUGCAGUGAUCUCCAGUCCAUAAUGACUGAAAACAGUUAGAAACCUUCAUUUUGUGCUUAUUUUGGGGGGAGGAGAGAUAAGCUCACGUGGUAAUCACAUGCUGCCAGGUCAUUGCAAGGAAUCUGGUGGCAGCAGAAAUGCUCUCUUCAAGGUCCUGCUUCUGUGGGAAAACUCACUGGUAGUUCACUUGAGCAUCCAAUUUUGAGCCUUCACAGAAGAGAGUGGUUCACAUAUGCUUUGUCCUGAAGCCAUUUGGGCCCUGCUAUGAUCUCACACAAAAUUGAAGAAGCACAAAAGCAACUUAAUGGAACAGAAGAGCAACAGAGAGAAAUCACCGAUGCUGGUACUAGAGGAACCCAAGAUACAAUUAAGGGUGUGAAAAGAAAAAAGAUUGUGUCUGAAAACCAUCUUAAAAAAAUACCAAAAUCGCCUUUGAGAAGCCCCACUGAAGCCAAGAUUAAACAAAAUAUAGAGCCUUCACCACUAAAAGCUCUUCCAGAUGCCUCUGAACACGCCAUGGCACAGGAUCACCUGCCUGUGCAAAAUGGAAAUCAAUGUACCAAACAAAAUGGGGGAGCACUUAGUAGUGAGAUAAGUGUUGAAACAACCAAAUCUGAGGCAUCAAUGCAGACAAAGCUUUCGCUGACGCAUCCGUCCUUAGAUUUGUGUAAGCAGGCAGCGGGGGAUACUGAUGCAAACCAACUGAACUCAGCAGAGAGGAAGCCUCCCUCAAACUCCUCAUCAAGUAAAACAAAGACUGACAGUAAUGAAUGUAUUAAUUUUGUUGAUUGCAGUACGUCAUCCCCGUGUACGCGAACUGCAUUCGAUGUCUUAUUAAAAGCUAUGGAGCCUGAACUGAACACCUUAGCACAAGAGUGCCCCCCUUAUGGGAUGCAAAUAGAGAAACUGAGACCAAAUAAAACUGUAAGCACCUCUUCUAGUCUCACGUCCAAUACAAUAAGCGUCCAAAAUCAGUCUGCUUUGUCACAGCAUGAGUUUGCAGCUGGACCUCACUAUUACCCGUGUACGUUGAACAAUGUGCAUGUAGCAACAACAGCCAAGACUGGACAAGCACAAGGCCAAUCAGUUUCUCAUUCACAAGACCUUAUUACUAAGACCAGUCAACAAAAUCACCAGGUUGUUAUGUGUCCAAGUUUAACUAGGUCACUGGUGCAACAGCAGAGUCAAGAAAACCCCAAGCUCCAGCAGAUAUACAGCAUAGCAGUAACAACUUCUGUCGUUCACACCUCAUCUUCCACUGUAACUCAGGUUUUUUCUCAAAACCAGUUAGUAGCAAGUUCGUCUUCACCUUUGUCAAUUAGCACAUCGAGUUCAACACACUUGCCUAUAGGUCCGGUGUAUAAUUCAGCCCAGAUAACAUCAGUUGUAAACCAUGGUGUAGAACAAAUAUGUAACCUCUUAAAAGACCAGAAGCCUAAAAAGCUAGGGAAAUACGUCUGUGAGUAUUGCAAUCGGGCCUGUGCCAAGCCCAGUGUUCUCCAAAAGCACAUCCGAUCCCAUACUGGAGAGCGACCAUAUCCUUGUGUGACAUGUGGGUUUUCAUUUAAAACCAAAAGCAAUCUGUACAAGCACAAAAAAUCUCAUGCACACGCUAUCAAACUUGGACUUGUUCUACAACCAGAUUCAGGUGGCCUCUUCUUAUCGCAUGACUCGGACAAAGCACUUAGCAUUCAUUCAGAUGUGGAAGAAAGCGGUGAAAGUGAAGAUGAAGGCACUGCUGAUGAAAGACAAGAUGAUCAAGAACUGGAACCUGCACAAUUAAUGAAAGUCAUCUCAAGUGCAGAAACAUUGCAGAAAGGAAGUCCUAUUCCAGUAAGCAACCCAGAUUGUAUACCAGGUGACUCUUCAUUGCAUGACGCAGAACCUCAAGUAAGGGCAGCUUUACCUAAAGUAGUAGUUCAUCCUGUAAAUGUUUCUCCAUUAAGGGCUGAUAGCCCAAAAGUAACAGAACCCGCACCCGAGCUUGCUGCAGCACAGAGAAAAGGAGAUUCUAAAGUGACAACUCUUCAGUCAAAUGUAACACAUACAGCCUCAUUCAAGGAGAAUGACAUAAAGCAGCAUCAGAAAGUAGAAGUGGGCCUAUUAGAGGAACAGCUGGGAUCUGCAGUAGGAUCAGUGCAUGCCCAGCUCCAGAGACAACAGGCAACUGAUGGUUCUCAAGAUCAGCAAGGAAAAUGUCUUUUGAGCCCCAGAAGUUUAGGUAGUACUGAUUCUGGUUAUUUCUCUCGUUCUGAAAGUGCCGAUCAAACAAUGAGCCCUCCAGCUCCUUUUGUAAGGGGAUUGUUGACCUCUGAGAAAGAUCCAAAUAAAAACCUGCCCUGUGUACCACGAACAAGUGGUGUGGUGGCAUCAGUGGUACAAACUGUUUGUGCCGAAAAAAAUCUAAUUCUCUCUGGCCAAAUGCGACCUCCCUUGGCAACAAAAACUCUUGAGGAGCGUAUCUCAAAGUUAAUUUCUGAUAAUGAAGCUGUUGUAGAUGACAAACAGUUAGAUAGCGUGAAACCAAGAAGAACAUCUCUUUCGAGAAGAGGAAGCAUAGAUUCACCAAAAUCCUACAUAUUUAAAGAUUCUUUCCAGUUUGAUUUAAAGCCCAUGGGAAGAAGAACUAGCUCAAGCUCUGAUAUACCAAAGUCUCCUUUUACGCCCACUGAGAAAUCAAAGCAAGUUUUUCUUCUUUCUGUACCAUCCCUUGACUGUUUACCUAUAACACGAAGUAAUUCCAUGCCUACCACCAGUUACUCAGCAGUACCUCCGAAUGUAAUACCUCCCUCUCAUCCCCUUCGAGGAAGCCAGUCAUUUGAUGAUAAGAUUGGCUCUUUAUAUGAUGAUGUUUUUGUAUCAGGACCUGCUACUCCACUGAACCAAGGCGGACACCCUCGGACCCUUGUUAGACAGGCAGCAAUAGAAGAUUCUUCCACUGGUGAAAGCCAAGGUCUUGGACUGGUGCGAUCUGUAGAAGAAAGUUAUCUGGGGUGUAAUUUAUCAAGUGAAUCCUUAUUACAAAGGAGCAAAUCCUUGGCACAGGGAUCAAAUUUAGAAAAAACAAAGAAGUCCCCUCAGGUGCGAGGAACAAUGUUUGAAUGUGAAACCUGCAGAAACAGAUAUAGAAAACUGGAAAAUUUUGAAAACCACAAGAAAUUUUAUUGUUCAGAGUUGCAUGGACCUAAAACUAAAGCAGCAAUCCGGGAGCCUGAACAUAAAGCUGUUACAAACAGUACACAGCCUCAAAUUCUACACUACAGGGUCACUACUUCAACUGGCGUCUGGGAGCAGACACCUCAGAUAAGGAAAAGAAGGAAAAUGAAAAGUGUUGGCGAUGAUGAUGACCCACAGCAAAAUGAUACGAGCAUACCAUCGAAGAACACAGAAGGCCAAAGCAAGCCAGCAAAUUCUUCCAGUCUGUCAAAAUACAAUGCGACAACAGUGGUAGGAUCACAACAACCAAGCAAACUUCUGCUUCAGAGUUCCCAACUUCAACUUGUGGCUCGAGGCACAGAUCAGACUAUUGAGCCAAAGGUGGCUCCACUCAUUGAAAAGCAGGCAAGUUCAGCUGUGCAAGAAAAGAUGGAGUUGAAAAGACAAGGGACUGGCAUUUCAGUAAUACAGCACACCAAUUCACUGAGCAGAAAUAGCUCAUUUGAGAAAUCAGAGUCAUUUGAAAGACUAUCACCAGUUUCUUCUCAAGAGCCCAACAAGGUUGCAAAGCAUCGCUCUUUGAAUACCGUUGUAAUCCAAGAAGACAGACAGUCUUAUCUGAACAAUCCCCAGCAUCAUCAACCCUUGUCGUCAGAAUCACCUAGAGGGGAAGUUCAGGGAAGCCAGUUGGUUUCUAACGAGAGAAGCACGCCACUUCAGCCAUCAAGACUUGUUCGACAGCAUAACAUCCAGGUUCCUGAAAUACUGGUCACGGAAGAACCAGACAGAGACCAAGAAAACCAGUGCAGUGACCAGGAAAAGACAGAAAGGUUUAACUGGCCACAGCGCAGCGAAACACUGUCAAAAUUACCAACAGAAAAGCUUCCACCGAAGAAGAAAAGAAUUCGCUUGGCUGAAAUGGAGCAUUCAUCUGCUGAAUCAAGUGUUGACUCCACACUUUCUAGAAGCCUAAGUCGGGAGAGUAGCUUGUCUCAUGCCUCCAGUUUCUCAACUUCACUUGAUAAAGAUGAAACUUUGAAGGCUGAGAACCCUUCCAAAGCAGAGUCUGCUAGUAAGUCGUCAGAAUUCCUCAUGAUUCCUGCUGGUUCACACGCACUGUCUGUGCCUGGACCUCAUUACCGGGAAAUGAGACGUGCUGCCUCAGAGCAAAUCAGCUGCACACAGCCCUCAAUGGAGGUUGUGGACUACAGAAGUAAGUCUUUUGACUGUGGAAGUAUGUCUCCAUCAAAACCUGUCCCACUUGUGGAGAUAGCCACUCCGAAAGUUUCAUCUGCAAAUGGAGCUGCUGGACACGUGCCUCUUCUAGAAAGGAGGAGGGGGCCAUUCGUAAGACAAAUAUCUUUAAAUAUUGCUCCAGAAAAUCAACAGCCUCAAGUGAAAUCAACCUCUUCAUUGCAGACAGCUCAUGCUACAGAUGUGCCCACAAUGCCAUUACACAAGCUGCAGACCUCUGGCAAAUCUUCAGUGGACUUUCCUUCAAGUACACAGUAUUCACAGACUAACUCCAGGCCUCACUCAGCAAUUCAAAGUUGUAAUUCUGUUAGCCUGUCUUCAGUUCAGCAGCCUCUAGAUCAUGUGUUGAAUAAUCAAGGACAACCAUCCUUGACUCAUCAGCCUUCUCAGCCUUCUCAGCCAUCUACUAAAACAUCAGCCCAAGGGGAGCAAGCAAGCACAGACUCGCUUUCUUGUCAUCCUGAUGAAAAAAAGGAUUGUUUUGCUCCAAAGUAUCAACUUCAAGUUAAAACAUUACAUAUAGGUCAGCCAUGCUCUUCUAAAUUGCUAAAAAGUACUUUAUCAACUCAGACUGGUCCAAGUCAAGUUGGGGUGGAUCAGAAUUCAUCCUCCUUUGAAAUGCAGACUAAACUGUCUGACAUGUCUAAUCCAUACUCUGUGCCUCCUUUAAAGCAAAUUGUCCCUAAUAACUGCAGCAGUCAGAUUCCUCCUUUUCUGGUUCCUGUCCGUAUUCAUAGCAGUAUGCCAUCCUAUGGCUUCGCAACUGUUACACCCCUUCCUCACAUUUUAGUGACCCAGGAUCAGGUAAAUCAGUCCAUCUGCAAUACAAAUGUUGUGACAGUGCCAACGCUUGAAGGCAAAACUCAGCUGCCAAAAUCUCACAAAGAUUAUCAGAGGACUUUGCCAAAUUCAUUCGAAUUUGAAAAUUCACAACCAGAAAAUGGAACCAGAAACUCACCUUUGUCAAGCUCUUCAAAUAUCAUUCAGAAAGUGCCAGUUAGUGGACUCUUCCCUCAACCAGAAGCUACAGCUUCAAGUAAACGAAUGCUUUCCCCAGCCAACAGUUUAGAUAUUGCCAUGGAAAAGCAGCAGAAACGUGUUAAAGAUGAGAGUGGAGCUGCUUGUAUGACAGAUGCUAGACCAUUGCAUUCAGUGAAUGUUAGAUCUAAUGACCCUACUAGUAAGCAAAAGAAACCAGUUUUGGUAAGACAAGUUUGCACCACGGAGCCUCUUGAAAAUCACCUCUUGGAUCCUGACAGUGUUACACAGGAUGAAAAAAGCAGCAAGGCCAGUACUUCAGACCUGCCUUUGCCUGACCAUCAUUUAUCUGACACUGGGGUUUCAGAAACCCUAAAGAAGUCACCAGAACCUGAAGACCUUAAGUCUUCAACAUCGCCAGUGUUUGCAGUUAGAAAACCAUCUGAAUUGUCUCCAGUGAAUAACCAGAAUUCUAUUCUCAAGGCUGUAAGUAGUAGUCAAGAAAGAAGGUCCCCAAGUAACAAUAAUGAGAGCAAGCACAACAGCCCUGGCCAAGCAAAGUCUGUAACAACACUGGCUGCCAUGAAUGCAGGAGAAAUGCAGAGGUUGUCAUUUCCAAGCCUCAAGACCACAACAAAUUUUACCUGGUGUUAUCUCAUGAAGAGAAAACCGUUGCAUCUGCUGCAAAACGAUCAGAAAAUCUCUGCCUAUUCUACAUGGACCAUUAAUCCUAACAAUCCCAAUCCACUUGGUUUGUCGACAAAGGUAGCUCUCUCCCUCCUCAAUUCCAAACAAAAAGUUGAAAAACCACUGUACACUCUAGCAAGAACUACUCAUCCCAGAUCUGAUGUACUGGUCUAUUCAAGCAAGUGGAAGAACAGCUUAACCAAGCGAGCAUUAAAUAGAAAAAAAUUGACUGCAACUGAAUUCAGCAAUAAGGAAAACUCUGAAUCAAGCACUGAGCACGAUAAAGAAAACUCCUUUGUCAAAACUGUACCAAGAAGAGUUAAAAUAUUUGAUGGAGGGUACAAGUCAAAUGAAGACUAUGUUUAUGUUCGAGGAAGAGGGAGAGGGAAGUACAUCUGUGAAGAAUGUGGAAUACGUUGCAAGAAGCCCAGCAUGCUGAAGAAGCAUAUUCGCACACAUACAGAUGUCCGUCCUUACCACUGCAAUUACUGCAACUUUUCCUUCAAAACUAAAGGAAAUUUAACAAAACAUAUGAAGUCAAAGGCACAUAGCAAGAAAUGCAUGGAUUUGGGAGUCUCAGUAGGCUUAAUAGAUGACCAGGAUGGGGAAGAAGAAUUUGGUGAGAAGCAAAGAAUUGGGUAUGAUCGGUCAGGAUAUGAUGUGGAGGAGUCUGAUGGUGGAGAUGAAGAUGAAAAUGACAAUGAAGAUGAUGAUGAAGACAGCCAGGCUGAGUCAGUGCUAUCCACAACCCCCUCAGUGACAGCCAGCCCCCAGCAUCACCCCUCUCGAAACAGCCUGCAGGAUGCUGCCAGCACCGAUGAAGACAUCAGACUUCCAGACUGUUUUGCUGGGGUUCACACGGACUCCAUGGAUGGUCUGCCAAAGGCGCUGCUGACAAAAAUGACCGUCCUUAGCACAGUGCAGUCAGUUAGCAGGACCUCUAGUUCACCAGCAGAAUUCACCCAUCAGGAAGCACAUGAGGAUAAAGCCCAAGAGAGAGGAGCAGAUCCACAUGGUGCUAGUGUGGCACUGACGGACAUCGCUCCUACGUCCCCAGGUCGACAUAUGUCUGUGGAUUACCCCGAUCCAGAAACAUCCUUGGGCCAUUCCUUAAUAUCAACUGCAACUCUUACAAAGAGCAUGCCCUCCAUCAGUUCCUCCUCCUCGCUGGCAGACCACAGCAUGCAGACAACAGCGCCGUCACUCUACACCGAAAUCUCUGAGGAGAACCUGGCCAGGUCCCUGCAGCAGGCUGCUGAGCUGAGGGCUCCCCAGACUCACCUCUUCAGCCACCUCCCUCUGCACUCACAGCGGCAAGCCAAGGCACCCUACGGCAUGGUACCCGUUGGAGGCAUCCAGGUGGUCCCCGCCGGCCUGGCCACCUACUCCACCUUCGUUCCCAUCCAGGCCGGGCCGGUGCAGCUCACUAUCCCAGCCGUUAGUGUGAUUCACAGAACUACCAGCGCCCUUGGUGAGGCAGGUGGCGCGGCCGCUGGCACCACCACAAAUCCCAUGGGGGUUGCUGAGGUGAACAGCGUGGUGCCAUGCAUUCCCAUUGGCCAGGUGAGCGUUCCAGGCAUUCAGGGUCUCAGCACGCCCAACCUACAGCCUCUGCCACCUCUGGGCAUGGAGACAGUGAACAUAGUGGGCCUGGCAAACACCAACAUCGCCCCACAGAUGCGCCCUUCAGGAAUUACCCUCAACGCUGUGGGCCUCCAGGUGCUGACCGCUGGCACGGCCCCACAGGGCACCCCCAGCCCACAGGCGCACAUUCCUGGCCUGCAGAUACUGAACAUCGCCCUGCCGACCCUCAUUCCCUCCGUCAGCCCCGCCAGCACUGAGGGACAUGGAGCCUCUGAGGCACCUACUACAGGCAGCAAAGCCUGCGAGGUCCAGCUGGAGCCAGCUCCUGUUGGCUUCCCUGCAGCCGAGGUUGGCCAGCCCAGCCGGGAUGCUUCUCCUCAGGUGGUGGCUGGCGGCCAGCAGUACGGUGGGAAGAGCCAUCCUGAGCCCACCCCACUGACCAACCUCGAGCAACCCAUUGGUCCAGGGAAAGCGGAUCCUGAAAAGACUGACCUCGUGAACCCUACCAAGCCAAAGCGUGACCUCCCUUCCCACCAGGUGAAGAGGGCUACCCCGGCAGAGCCCCGCUCCAAGGUGAAUCCCAACACAUUAACCAAGUCCCCGGUCCACCGAACUGUCACCCCGGACAGACAGGUACACAGGCCAGCUGCCCCGCCCCGGCAGCAAAACACGGUGCAGUUUAGCGAUGGCAGCAGUGACGAUGAGGAUAGACUUGUAAUAGCAACCUAG